AUGCAUUCUGAUAUGCAGUGGUUUAAGGAAGUGGAAACGAUUGUCGAACCUUUCUACCGAGAAAUGAGAAACCGUAAUGGCAUGACUCCGGGAGAAAUAUUUCGCCAGGAGCACAAGAAUCUUGCCCGUGAAGCUGAGCAAUGGAUGAAAACGAUAGCUUCAUCAUGCAUGGUGGUACCAACCCUUGUUGUCACAGUUACUUUCGCGGCUGCUUUUACCGUGCCAGGGGGCAACACUCAGGAUACAGGGAUUCCAAUCUAUUUGAAAGAAACGUCAUUUAUGAUUUUUGCAGUAUCGGACGCUCUUGCAUUCUUCUCUACGUCAGCUUCAUUGCUAAUGUUUAUAUGCAUAUUCAACUUAGAUUAUUCAGAAGAAAUCACUGUCAGAACUUUAAAAUUGUUCAUCCUUGGUUUUAUCACUUUGUUCUUUUCAAUAGUAACCAUGUUUGCAGCCUUUGGUGCUUCCCUUUACAUAGUUCUUUCUCACAGAGUGGAAUGGGUUGCAGCUCCUAUUGGCCUACUAGCCUGUGUACCAGUGGCCUUAUUUGCAUAUUUCCAGUUUCCUCAGUGGUACAGCGUAGCCUAUUCAGCAUUUAAACCUAGCAUUAUCGCUCCACAAACUGAAGAAAUCAUCUUUUAG